AUGCAGAGAUCAUCAAUAUCUUCGCAGCGGAGUAACGAAAGGAGUCCACUCCUAUCGGCUCAGCAACCUUCCUCCGCGCUACCGGGCGAAGAGCUGAUCCCGAGCCAGUCCCUGACCCCAUCAUAUACCCCAGCAACCACGUCAGCGCGAGCACGCAAGCUUUCGAUCACCAUAAGGCCCUCCUUUCACCAGGAUGCUACUCCCGAGACAGCGCGACUCCUUGAUCAAAGUCCGGAUUCUUCUCUUUCCCAGGAUCAGCCCACCGCACCGCUCUCGUCCUCUCAAGAUAUCGAACGUGGCAAUUCGUUUGAAGAUCAAGAUGGCAUCAACGAGCUGCCCUUCCCCUCCCAGACGGACCCUUCCAAACCUUUAAGGCCUCAAAACUAUCGCAUGAAGAAGACUGCUGGCAAAGUAAGAGGCUUUGUCAAACGCAACGAGGGCAUCCUCUUGUUGGGUUUCGCGCAGCUCUUCUUCUCAACCAUGAAUUUCUUCUUCAAGCUGAUCAACCUCUUGCCUCCUGACGAAAGUGCACCCGUGACUGCACUCGAAAUCAUCUUCAUCCGCAUGUCCAUCACUUGGGUUGGCUGCGUUGCAUUCAUGCUCGCCUCUGGUGUUGAGAACCCUUUCCUGGGUCCCAAAGAAGUACGCAAGCUUUUGGCGCUCCGAGGGUUUGUCGGUUUCUUUGGUCUCUUCGGACUUUACUACUCGCUUCAGUAUCUGUCGCUUGCAGAUGCGACCGUCAUUACUUUCCUGGGUCCACUCGCCACAGGUCUCCUUGGAUAUCUUGUUCUCGGCGAACCUUUUACACUCCGUGAAACAUUUGGCGGCAUCAUCAGUCUCUCCGGUGUUGUUCUCAUCGCCAGACCUGCGUUCAUCUUUGGCAGAAAAGCUGCCGACUCGGAUCUGGACCAUCCUCUCAGCCUUGAUUUGCUCAACGCCACGGGCACCGGUUCUGCUUAUGCGACGAUGCAGAUGGGCUCGGUCCUUGUCAAGUAUACCGUUCACAAUCUCACUUCCAGCGACAUGCUCCGACGGAACGUUACGGACCACGACACGAGCGGCACGCUUAUCGACGCUGCGGAUGGCAUCGCGACUAUCGACGGUGCCACUGAGAAGCAGCGCCUGUUUGCUGUUGGUUUAGCAAUGUUGGGUGUCUUUGGUGGCGCUGCAGCCUACGUUACCAUCCGCGCCAUUGGUCGUCGAGCUUCAGCGACUCACUCGGUGGCUUACUUUUCGCUUUAUUCGACCAUCGUCAGCGCUCUCCUCAUGUGGUUCACCGGCACGAAAUUCGUCCUCCCCACUCAACCUAAGUGGAUCCUUCUCCUCGUGUGCGUCGGCAUCUUUGGUCUCGCUGCUCAGAUCUUGCUGGCCAUGGGUCUGCAACGAGAAAAAGCUGGCCGAGCCGUCUCCAUUACAUACCUCCAGAUCGUCUACGCCUCUUUGUACCAGCUGGUAUUCUUGCACACUCCCAUCCAGCCAUUGAGCGCCAUCGGAAUGGUCAUCAUCCUCGCCUCUGCAGGCUGGGUUGCCGCGGGCAAGUCCUGA